UAAACUGGUUACUUUAACUCGGUCUUAGUUAACGAGCUCCAGUGCGCCAACCACUUUUUGUUGGUCUUUGAACCCAAGACUUGGAUCAUCGCACAGUCAAAUCCCGUGUUUGGCUUGUAAGUUUGAACCUCGUGGCUCCGCAGGUCCACCUUCUAGGUUGUGCAGUAGUGUAGCCAUGUGGUCGCAUUGCGCCAAAUGCAGAGCCCCUGCACCUGCCAUCACGCUCCUCUUAGUGCCACUCAUUUGUUCCCUCUUCUUCACCGCUUCCGCCACCUGCUCCAACGCCAAUUGCCAGGUUCUAGAAGCAUGUUCUGCAGCCACGGAUUGUGGGCCGGGUCUCUUCUGUGGCAAUUGCCCCGCUUUGGGCCUGAAGCAACCCAUCUGCACCAGAGGCCAACCCACUCUUCCUACAUCCAUCGUAAAUGGGUUGCCCUUCAACAAGUACACGUGGAUAGUGACCCACAAUUCCUUCAGCAUCGUCGACGCACCGCCUUUGCCCGGUGUUCAGAGACUAACGUUUUACAAUCAAGAAGACUCUGUCACUAACCAGUUGAGGAAUGGAGUGAGGGGGCUCAUGUUGGACAUGUACGACUUCCAGAAUGACAUUUGGCUCUGUCAUUCAUUUCAUGGGCAAUGCUACAACUUCACUGCAUUUCAACCAGCGAUAAAUACUUUGAAAGAAGUGGAGACAUUCUUGACGGAAAAUCCUAGUGAGAUUGUCACCAUCAUAAUUGAAGACUAUGUGCACACUCCAAAGGGUUUGACUAAUCUGUUCACUAGUGCUGGACUGGAUAAGUAUUGGUUUCCUUUGUCCAAGAUGCCGAAAAAGGGUAAUGAUUGGCCCACUGUGACUGAGAUGGUUCAAGCAAAUCACCGACUUGUUGUUUUCACUUCCGAUGCUUCAAAGGAAGUGGGUGAAGGAAUAGCUUAUCAGUGGAAGCACAUGAUCGAAAACGAGUCUGGAGAUCCUGGAGUGCAGCAAGGUUCUUGCCCGCAUAGAAAAGAAUCAAAGGCCUUAAAUUCUAAAAGCCAAUCACUUUUCCUGAUGAAUUACUUUCCAACAUAUCCAGUUGAAGCUGACUCGUGCAAAGAGCAUUCAACUCCACUUGCUGAGAUGGUCAAUACAUGUUACAAAGCUGCAGGGAAUUUGCUGCCCAACUUUGUAGCUGUUAAUUUUUAUAUGAGGAGUGAUGGAGGUGGUGUUUUUGAUAUUGUGGAUAAAAUGAAUGGCCGCACUUUGUGUGGGUGUAGUACAGUCACAGCUUGCCAGGCAGGUGCACCCUUUGGGUCUUGCAAGAAUAUUACUGUACCUAGUACAAGUCCAGUGACUAAUACGGCCGGAAGCGUUACUGGAUCUGUUCAAUUUUCUAAAUCAGCUUCAUCUGUCCAUCAUCCGAAUUGUUUGCUUCUUGUUGUCUUUUGCUUCCUGCAAAGUCUUGUUGCAGCUGUGAUGACUAAGCACUGUUGUAUAACUUUUGCAAUCUAGUCUUUCAAGAGGAUCUCUUGUAUCUUGACAUGUACACUGCAGUGUUGUAUCAAGCUGUGAAAUGUCAUGGAACUGUAGCUAGGUUAGAAAAAUUAGAUAGACUGGUUCUUGUUUCUUGCUGAGGCUAUGUUCAAGGAUCUGUGAAGUCAUUUGAGUUGAUAGUCAAGAGAGAUCAAGAAUUUAUCUGGAGCUAAAAGUAGUUCAGAUGACUUCUCUGAUUAUAUCUACCUUGCCCGUCAAAUAGUUUUAAUCAAUUUGGGUUUCUUGCUUCCGUUGAAGAUCUUUUCAUGGUCAAACAUUCGUGAACUAUUUUGCUCAGAAGUCCUUUGAAGGAAUAUCGAAGACUAUGAUAGUUAUAAUCGAAGACUAAUACGAGUUAUACAAUUCGAUGUUUCUGUCAUGCUUUUUACUGUAUGUGGAAAUCCCACGUCUUGCAAUGAAUUGUGAUUAUGAUGUUGACAUCGUUUCCCUGAUUUGAAACAAUUCUUUUGGUCUUUCAACUGUGUAAAUUGUUGGUGAAUUUGUGUAUUUUGUUUUAACAUCUAUAUUAACAAAUUUAGUGCUAGUGCAGUUUUUUUUUCC